CUGUGUGAAUACUUCCUCCUGGCACAGCAACAGUUGUCGCAGCUGGCUUCUAAUGGCAACAAUGGCGAAAACAAUGGCGGCCGUCCUGCCACACUUGCUCCUGCUAACCUUUGCCCCCAUGGUAAGCCUGGCCUGUCCACACGGGUGCCAGUGCUACAGCGACGUGCCCUCGGUCCACUGUUACUACCUGGGGAUCACGGCUGUACCAUCGGGCUUCCCUCCCAACACCACACUCCUCGCCAUCCGCCACUGUAACAUCACCGCCCUGCGCAGGGGCGACUUCAGCGGCAUGCCUCUAUUGGCGACUUUGUACCUCGACUGGAACAACAUAUCCACUAUUGAGCCGGGCACUUUCGACGGGUUAUUCCACCUGCAAUCUUUAAGCUUUGGUGGAAACCGUGUCGCUAAGCUCGCCCCAGAUCUAUUUAAGGACAACAAGCUGACAGAUUUUGACGGGUCUGACAACCGUAUCGAGGCUAUCCCGUCUGGUGUGUUCACCAAUCACUCCAGCCUAACAAGUCUGAUUCUGAACGGAAACCGCAUCAGUAUGCUCGGUGAUGCUGCCUUCGCAGGACUGCCGCAACUUGUGGAGAUCCAGAUUAACGACAAUCUCAUCUCUCGUCUCCCUGCUCACGCUUUAAAGGGUGCUUCCAAGCUCUGGUCCCUCUCCAUGGCACGAAAUGCUAUAUCGGAAAUAGAACUAGGUGCUCUAUCGGACUCUACAUCAAUGCAAAUACUUGAUCUAAGUGGCAACUUGCUGAUGACUCUAGAAGGAACUUUGAAGGGUCUCUCAAAUUUGAAUUCUUUGUGGGUUUCCGGUAAUCGUAUAUCUGAAAUAACCAACAGCACUCUGACCAGUCUGACUUCUCUCCGUGACUGUUGGCUGGACAACAACAGGAUCAGGAAAAUAGAAAGCGGUGCUUUCAAGGGGAUGGGGAACCUGAACAAUUUCUACCUCGGCAACAACGACCUCGAAGAGAUGCCUCUGAACGAACUCGUAGGUGUUCUUAAACUUGACCUAGCGAAUAACAGGCUACAGAGUCCACCCUUGAACAUGACCGCCGCGCCAAACCUUGCAAUAUUGAUGCUUUCUGGUAACCCCAUGAAAAUCUUGGCGCCCUCACAGUUUGCGAGCCUCAAAAGCAUCUAUGAACUUGAUCUUGACAACGUGACGGCAGUGAGAGAGCACACGAUGGAUCCCCGCGCCUUGUGCGACGUUCCAACUUUAUGGUCUGUGUCUAUGAAAAACAACAACAUCACAUCGUUCCCUGCAAAUCUUCUGACGUGUUCAAAAAGUAUCUCCUAUCUAAGUCUGGCCGGCAACAGGAUGGUAAAGUUCGAAAGGGACGACUUUUACUUAAUGGAAAUAGCUCAUCUGGAUCUUGCUGACAACAGAAUCACUAACAUUUCUACAUUGUCAGAAGCACUGGGGUCGGUCGGAUUCUUAUAUUCUUUGACCUUGACUGGUAAUCCCAUGGUCUUCCUUCCCGAAAAACUAUGUCCAGUUGGCACCUUAGCUCUCGACAACAUGAAGCUUCGCGCAGUUGACAAGGAUGCGUUUGAAUGGAUGGGCAAACUUCAGUCUAUCAACAUGGCAAAGAACAGGCUCCGAUUCCUUCCCGGGAAGCUUUUCGCAAACAUUAGUGUUGAGAAAGUCAACCUGGAGGGCAAUCCAUGGUACUGUGACUGUCAGAUGUACGAGUUUGCACUGUGGAUGAAAACCAACAACAUGUCGGAAAAGUUUGACGUAGUCUGUGACGGACCUGAGGCGCUUAAUGGAACCUGCUUGUCGGACAUCCCCCUUAAAAACCUGACAUGUGACUGUGUUCACUAUCAGGCACCAACUAUCAACACCACAGGGAGCGACACUCCUGUUGUGGCUGGCCAUGACGCAAGGCUUGUGUGUAACGUCACAGGUUGUCCCGAAGCAGCUGUCAUCUGGACCACUCCGCUAGGCGACGCUUUCUCAGAGGAUUCAGACGAUCCUCGGUUCUCCGUUUUGUCUGACGGUGGACUGGAGAUUCAGGAAACAAAGAUAACAGAUGCGGGCAUGUACAUAUGUACAGCGAUUAACUACCUUGGAAGCAGUCAGACAAGUGUUGGUCUCAAGGUUAAAGAAUCUAUAUUUUCAAAUUAGAAUUCCAUCGUUGCUGUUUCAUUCCAAGCAAGGUAUUUGUUAGUUGCGA